ACGGUGAAACACCCACAGGAAGCGGCAGGGCAGAGUAGUUCUGGGGAGUAGCAGGAGUCAGGACAGCCAUUGCAGUGUCGUGGCUCAGUAACAAAAUACGAAAGGGGACCGAGGAAGACCUGGCAGCCGCUCUCCCCGUUCCCUCUGACCGACAGGUUCAUUUAUAUGACUGUUAGAGCGAAGACACUCGGUAACUAAAUCUACACCUGAACAACCGUGUUCAACAGCUCCGGAUAUGUCAUUCCUAUUUGAUUGGAUUUAUAGCGGUUUCAAUAGCGUACUACAGUUUUUAGGACUGUACAAGAAAUCCGGCAAGUUAGUAUUCCUUGGCCUGGACAAUGCCGGCAAAACGACGCUACUGCACAUGCUCAAAGAUGACAGAUUGGGACAGCAUGUGCCAACUUUACACCCCACAUCAGAGGAGCUGACAAUUGCUGGCAUGACGUUCACCACUUUUGACCUUGGAGGUCACGCACAAGCCCGGAGAGUGUGGAAAAACUACCUCCCUGCCAUUAAUGGUAUCGUCUUCCUCGUGGAUUGUGCGGACCUCGAGAGACUGGUUGAAUCAAAAACAGAACUUGAUGCAUUAAUGACAGACGAGACCAUCGGAAAUGUGCCUAUCCUAAUCCUUGGCAACAAAAUUGACAGGCAGGAAGCUGUGAGUGAGGAGAAGCUGAGGGAAUAUUUUGGAUUGUACGGACAGACGACAGGCAAGGGCAACGUUCCCAUGAAGGAGCUGAACACGAGACCACUGGAGGUGUUCAUGUGCAGCGUGUUGAAGAGGCAGGGCUACGGCGAGGGCUUCCGCUGGCUGUCCCAGUACAUCGACUAAAGAGGCCCCGGCCCCCGGAACCCACCGCCACCACCACCACCACCAUCAUUAUCAUCGCUACCCUCUAGGGGGCGCCAAAACCGGCCACUCGAGACGCCCACCGUUACCACCAGUACCAUCAUACUCAACCCCAUGUUCGGUUAAUCAAGUCAGCCUCCGCCUCCAGAGACACCAGUACGACUCGAGCCCAAUAGACUUUUAUUGGUCGAACAUUUGGUUCAGCACCGACUGCGUUCAUACAUGUUUGCGCACAUUCAUCGUCGUCUUUCUUUCUUUUUUUUUUUUUUUUCUCCCCUCCCCCCACCCCCAAGAGAGUGCUCCGCGUCAAAAGGGGUUCACGUUCAAAUUGUUGAAUCUUUUCUAUAACUCGUCUGUCCUUUGCUGUCCUCUGUCCCUCGCCGCCAUCCGCCGAGCGCGACGAUAGACUCAUAAGUUUAAAUCUCUGUAUGAUUCUAUUGGUAAAUCCUUGUUAAACUCCUCUGGGGCAAGCGACAGCUAUAUAGUUGUAUACAUAGCAGUACACUUUUUUAACAGAUAAAGAAAUUCAUUCCACGUUGUAUUUAAUCGCCGUGUUUUUGCUUUAUCCUGUUUUUUUUUUUGUUUGUUUUUUUUUCCUUCCCCCUCUUUUCUUUUCCCUCUCUUUAACAUGGUCUGAGUAAAGGAAAGAUGCAGCCCUCACCAUCACACGUUUGGCUGUUUCGCCCGUGUAUAUGAAUGGAGCAGUGCGUUCAUCUUAGUGUAUCAUAAAUUAGAUCCAUAUCUUUUUUUGUGGAGGUUGACACAAGUUUGUUGCAGGCUUCUGUCUUAUAGGCAGGACAGCUCUGAAUGGACCCGAAUAGUCAGUGGGCUCCCUUUUUUUUAAAAAGAAACAUUGGGUAGUAAUCCUACUAAAGAGAGAGGGGGGGUUGUUUUUGUUUUUGUUUUAAAUAGGAAAUUAUACUGGCUAUAAAACACGUAACGAUUGCUAAAAUUAUGUAGAUAUCACAACGGUCAGCCGACGCAAAGACAGAUAUUUAAAGUAAUUAAAACUUUGCAAUAUGUCGGCUGAUCCUAACAUGCCAUAAGAGAUGAGGGGGAGGAAUAAACAGUUGUUAAAAUUAGGCAAUAUUAGAAGUCAGGCAGCAAGUGAGAUCUUUUUUUUUUUUUUUUACAGGGUGAAUUUAGUGACCAAGCGAACACAGCGGAGACGGGUAGAUCGGCCUAGGACACCUCUAACAAAGGGACCAUAAAUAUAUGAAAUGUACACAGACAUCGUACAUGGAUUCUCUAUUUGAGUGGUCUCCUUUUGAGAUAUGUGCAUUAACAGGAACUAUUAUGCAUGCCUUGUUCUUUUUGAUUAUUUUUAAAGACCAUUAACUCUAUAAGAGGGAAGACGAUGCCAAAACUACCAUCUAGAGAUGAUUGUCAUGUUCUGUUUUUUUUUUCUUUUUUUUCUUUUUUUUUUUUUUUAAAGGAAACAAUGGAAAUGUGCAUAAUAUACUUAAAUCUGUCCCUGUCCCUUUGUGUCUCUUUCAUUCCCUCAUGACUAAGUAAUGAGAUGUUCCAACAUGGAUGGGACUUGCUGUUGUUUGCAUCAUUAAAAAAAAUGUAAUAAAUGUUUGCAAUGAA